AACAAUACCCCUUGCCUCCCCUUUGGGGGCGGGGUGAUAAAAACCAGUGUUUCCUGUUCCGUCCCCGUGGACCGUGACCCCCCAACAGCUGAGUCCAUUUACAGUGAUCAUCACACUGAAGGUAAGUGGGCUCAGGUGCGCACGGACAGGGACGCGCGUGUGUCCACGGGGACUCGGAACAAGUUCGGCGUCCGUACAUGCAUGUGGCUUAGUUGAGAAUACUCGGAGGACUUUUUAUUUGGGUGCUUUUUGUAUAGGUUUUAAUGCUGUGUGAUCCACCCAGGACAGAGGAGGCGUGAACAUGCACCUAGGGGGAGCUCCCAGUGUGUUUAGUCCAGUUGAGUCCACGCAGAGCUGAGCCCCAGGCCACACCACUGAGCUGCUGCUGCUGCACACAAACACACUGCUGCUCAAGACAAAGGUUUUAUUCUAUCCACUAUGGACUGUAUGCUGGAUAAUCUUGCAAAAACUGAGUUCAUAAGCAUUUGUGUUCACAAUCCCAGGGUUCAUAAAGAGGACCUCUGGCACACACAUGUUGACUACGAGAUAUGUUUACAUACCAACAGCAUGUGCUUUCGAAAGAAGAUCUCAUCUGUGAGACGACGUUACAGUGAGUUUGUUUGGCUGCGACACUGCCUGGAGCAGAAUGCGCUGAUCAUAGAGUUGCCAAAGUUGCCCCCUUGGAACCCAUUCUUUAGCCUGAGGAACACAGAGCUGGUUAUCCAGAGGAUGAAGGGCCUGCAGAGGUUUUUAGAAAUUGUGGUGCAUACGCCCCUGUUGUUGUCGGACAGUCGGCUCCAUCUGUUUCUCCAGUCAGACCUCAGUAUCGCAAAGAUAGAAAAGUGCGCUUGGGGGAAGACUAAGUACACAGUGGCCGAGGCAAUUCAGCGAUCCAACAACAGCUGCAUCAAUAGAUUCGAGGACAAGGCCUCCUGUGACUCUGACUGUGAAAGCAGCUCUUCCUCAUCUGUUUUGGGGCUGAGCGUGGACACAUUAAGAGGAAGUCCCCUGCCAUUUUUGGACUGCUCCGACAGCCACUCAGACCUAAGCAGUUGUCUUUCUGAGUUUCCCACCCAAGAGCAACUUGGCGUGCAUUAAUGUAUAACAUUUACGCAUAAUUUGGACAAGGUUCAUCAGUGUCUCAGACGUGUUUAACUCCAUGGAGCUUUUGUAUUUCUUGAGACCAAAGAGGUUUCUUUUACUACUUGAGGAUUCCAGUAUUCCCCUUAGACUGUGUCUUUUUAAUAUGCUCCAGUUGUCUCAGAGAAAUUAGUUUAGUCAUUUAAGUCUGUACUGAAAAAAUAUUUUUCAUGUUUUAAAAGAUGUAUUGUAACUUUAUAAUGGUGAAUUCUUAAAGCCCUCGAAUAUAUAUAUUUUUAUCUGGAUUGAAUGUACUGAGGCUGGCAAAGAAUGCUUUUGAAUCUAAGAUGUUUCCUGUUUUUUUUUUAGAAAAUAUUUGAUUUUAUGAGUUGACUAAAUAAAUUGUCUUUUUUUGAA